GGGCCAAUCGCUGAUCAAAGUGGGAAGUUUAAAUCCUGAAUGGCGGAAGGAGCCGGGAGAGUUGGAGUCAGAGCAGUGCACGGCAUCCCUAUGGCACAGUUCCUGUUUGAGAGUGAUUUGCAUGGGCUGUUGAAAUUUGAAGUUCCCAAUGUACCCCCUGCACGAUGGCAGCGUAAGGCUAAGGAGAGUGCUGCUCCCAUCACUGGAGCUGCCUCGGAUGCCAUAGCUCCUUCGCCUAUGAAACCAGCUAACAGGCCUCAUAGUACCAGCAAGACUCCUUCCAAAACACCAGGCAAGUCUGGUUCCAAAUCACAAAAUACUCCAAACAAAACUGGAGGGGAUAGAUACAUCCCUAAUCGUAGUGCUAUGCAAAUGGAUGUGGCCAAUUUUCUCCUAACCAAAGAGGAAUCCUCGGAGGAGACACCCACCAAGAAGGAGCAUCAGAAAGCCUGGGCAAUGAACCUUAAUGGUUUUGAUGUAGAAGAAGCAAAAAUCCUGCGACUAAGUGGGAAACCUCAGAAUGCCCCUGAAGGAUACCAGAACAAUCUCAAAGUGCUCUACAGCCAGAAGAGCACACCAGGGUCCACAAGGAAGAUAAACAGAUACAUAGCCUCAGUGUCAGAGCGGAUAUUAGAUGCCCCAGACAUUCGAAAUGAUUACUAUCUGAACUUAGUUGAUUGGAGCUCCCUCAACUUUUUGGCUGUGGCUCUGGAUAAAUCAGUGUAUCUAUGGAAUUAUGAUUCCAGAGAAAUAAUCCAGCUCAUGCAAAUGGAAAAUCCUGAUGACUACAUCUCUUCUGUUUCAUGGAUCAGAGAAGGAAAUUACCUUGCAAUUGGCACAAGUAAUGCUGAGGUCCAGUUAUGGGACAUCCAGCAGAAAAAGCGUCUACGAAAUAUGGUCAGUCAUUCAUCCCGUGUGAGUUCUUUAAGUUGGAAUAGCUACAUUCUGUCCAGUGGAUCACGGACUGGUCACAUACAUCAUCAUGAUGUCCGUGUGGCAGAACACCACGUGGCAACACUUGCUGGUCAUACACAAGAAGUAUGUGGGCUAAAAUGGGCACCUGAUGGCCGUUACUUGGCUAGUGGAGGCAAUGACAAUCUCGUAAACAUAUGGUCUAUUGCUCAAGGGGACAACUGGUCACCACGUCCUGUGCAAACUUUUACACAACAUCAGGGAGCUGUUAAGGCUGUGGCUUGGAGUCCAUGGCAAUCCAAUGUGCUGGCUACAGGAGGUGGAACAAGUGAUCGCCACAUAAGGAUCUGGAAUGUGUGCUCUGGGAGUUGCCUCAACACAGUAGAUGCACAGUCCCAGGUCUGUGCAGUACUAUGGUCUACAAACUAUAAAGAACUAGUGUCUGGUCAUGGGUUUGCUCAAAACCAACUGGUAGUGUGGAAAUACCCAUCAAUGUCAAAGGUCACUGAGUUGAAAGGUCACACUGCUAGGGUGCUAAGCUUAACUAUGAGCCCAGAUGGAACCACAGUUGCUUCAGCAGCAGCAGAUGAAACACUGAGGCUUUGGCGCUGCUUUGAGUUGGACCCAGCACGUAAGAAGGAGAAAGAGAGCAGUACUAAAACCAGCAUUAUCCAUCAAGGAAUUCGCUGAGUUUCAUCCAACUCUCUUCCAAU